AUGGUACAUUCACCUCAACUGGUUCUGGUGCAGAAGAAUAUGACAUGGGAAGAGGCUCUGAACUACUGCAGAGAUACUUACACUGAUCUGGCCAGCCUGACCUCCUAUGAGGAAAAUGCUCUGGCAGUGAGGAAAAGCACAGCAGCUGAGGUAUCACAUGUGUGGAUUGGUCUGCACUUUGUGGUCAGAUACUGGAUUUGGGUGGAUGGACAUGCUCUGGAGUACAAGGCUUGGUCAGGGGAUGAAGAUCCUAAGUGUCCUGCCAGAAAUCUCCGCUGUGGAGCCCUGGAGACAGAUACCAACACUUGGACGCACAGAGACUGUGGGGAAAAACUUAACUUUCUGUGUUAUAAAAAGUGA